AUGACAGUCUCCUGGGCCCCAUCUAAAGUCAACUCAUUCGGUAUCGCCACGUUGUCUCUCGGCAACUGGAGAGAGCAUCGUUUGGAGCCACGCCUGGAAGCUGCGGCGAAAUCGGGAUAUCAAUGGAUCGACUUGUUCGACGAGUGUUGGGCUGCGUACCUGGAAGAGCAUGGACUGCCGGGGGACCAACUUUGGGAACCGACUUCGGAAAAUCUGCAGGUUGCUCGAAAAUUGGCGGGUUUUGUCAAGUCCUUGGGAAUGCGGAUUGCUUGCACCCAGCCUCUUCGGUCAAUAGAGGGAGUCAAAGACCCAGCUGAACGCCAGGCUAUCUUUGAGUUGGUCGCUAAACGAUUCCCAUUCAUGCGCGCCUUUGACACCGAUCUUGUUUUCAUGUGUGCGAGUAUACGCACGGACAAGGGGGUUACUUCUGAUCUAAAGACGGUGGCGCGAGAUCUCGCGGAACUGGGCGACAUGGCGGCAGCAUACGCAAAAGCCGAUGGUGGGCGUAUGCUAAAAAUUGGAUACGAGGGCCUAUCUUGGGCAACUCGAAAUACAUGGUCAGCCUCAUGGGAAGCUGUGCGAUUUGCCAAUCGUCCUAACGUUGGGCUGAUCGUGGAUGCCUUCAAUAUCCUCGCCGUCGAAUUUGCUGAUCCGUACAAUGUUGCUGGCCACGGGCGGGUCUACCCAACCUUGGAGGAAUCUCUGGAUGUCCUUACCGGAUCACUUGCAUCAUUGGUCUCGACGGUACCAGGUGACCGGAUAUUCUUCUUCCAAUGCGGCGAUGCAGAGCUGAUGGAUCCAACAACUUUCCUCCCUCCAACUGACCCGGAAACACCAGUACUCCUCCCAUGGUCGCGGAGUCAUCGGCUAUAUCCCCUUGAACAGUCCAGAGGUGCAUAUAUGCCGGUUGAGCUUGUCGCGGCUGCUGUGCUUGCUACCGGGUACCGAGGCCCAAUUUCGCUUGAGGUGUUUAAUACAUCACUGAACCAACCAGGACAAAAUGUUCCUGCAGAGCAUGCUUCCAGGGGACUAAAUGGCCUUCGCCUCUUGUGCGAAACAGCAUGGUCCGUUCCAGCGUUUUGGCAAAGUCAUGAUGAACGUAAGAAUGCUGUCGCACAAGUGGUGCGACGGCUACAGCCAGAUGAGCACAAACAUAAGCUAUGA